GGAAGUUAACUGCCUGCCUUUCCCACAUGGUGAAAAUGGCUGCGACUGAGGAAAAACAACAGGGCCACCGACCCGGCGUAUAUAAACAGAAAAAUAAAGGCCACAAACAUGGCAAGCACCGGACGAAAGGUGAAAUUGAGAGAGAUAACAAAGGGAGAGUGUCAGUGACGGCCCUUACCAAAAAACAGAGGAAGGAGCACAAGAGGAUGGACAGAAGGCACAAAGCCAACCAGCUACGCAGGAAUAAGAAAGACAUGGUCCUGACAGAAAAGCGACGUCUAGGCAGCAGGGACGGUCCUCCUCAUUUGGUCGCUGUUGUGUCCCUCCACGCUGGAGUUGAUGCUGCUGCUGUUACCAAACUGCUACGCGGGGACGGUGCUGGGGGUGUCGUACAUCAGGAGCAGUGCGUCAGUGGUGUCAGUGACAGUUUUGGGCUGCUUCUGCCUCGUUUCAAACAGAGGUUCACCUUUCUCAGCCACAGCACGGCUGACAUGCACUCCCUGCUGGAUGUGGCAAAGAUUGCAGAUAGCCUUGUAUUUGUGCUGGACUCCACUGAAGGAUGGGACAGCUAUGGAGACUACUGUCUCUCCUGCCUCUUUGCCCAGGGCCUCCCUAGCCACGCUCUGGUGUGCCAGGGUAUGUCUGAUGUUCCAGUGAAAAAGAGGGUCGAGUCCAGGAGAGCUCUAUCAAAGAUCACAGAGAUCCGUUUCCCUGAUGUCCGUCUCUUCCCUCUGGAUUCGGAGCAGGAUGCCACUCUACUUCUCAGACACCUUGGCACUCAGAGACAGAGAAAGCUGGGUUUCCGCUCCAGAAGAUCCCAUCUUUUGGCACAGCAUGUCACCUUUACACCCAACGGCCCUGCUGAAGGGACAGGUGGCGGCCCCACUGGCCUGGGCACCCUCUGUGUCUCUGGGUACGUGCGUGGCCGUCCCCUACAAGUUAACAGACUGGUGCACAUCAGUGGACACGGAGACUUUCAGCUCAGUCAGAUCGAUGCUCCAUCAGACCCUCUUCCCCUCAACGUAACAUCAGCCAGACCCACAAAGCCUGGCAAGGGAGGAGAUGUAGACAUGCUGGAUGGAGGAGAAGAUGAGGCUCCGGUGAGGGUGCUCAUGAAGGCAGACCUGUCCUCCAGGGAGAGUCUGCAUGCUGAGGCUGAGGUGGACCCCAUGGAUGGAGAGCAGACGUGGCCAACAGAAAGCGAAAUUCUGGAAGCUGAAGAGGCCCGAAAGAAGAAACGUGUGAUGAAGGUCCCCAAAGGAACAUCAGACUACCAGGCGGCGUGGAUUGUUGAUGAAGAUGAGGGGGAGAACGAGGAGCGAGAUGAUGAAAGCAGCGAGGACGACGAUGAUGACGACAUGCUGGACGAGGCCAUGGAUGGAGAGGAUGAGGACAUUAACUCUCAGGAUGCAGGUUCAGACUGUGAAGAAGGAGAAGAAGAAGAAGAGGACGAGGAAGAAGAAGAAUUGUGCUCUACAGAGCGAUCUGGAGCUGAUCAGCGCUAUGAUCAGCAUAUUGACGAGGCUGCAGAAGAAGAAGGCCUGAAACGCUACCGUGAGGCUCGAGCCAAUGAGAUGUUUCCUGAUGAGGUGGACACACCGCUCGACGUGGCGGCUCGGAUCAGAUUCCAGCGCUACAGAGGCCUAAAAAGUUUCCGCUCGUCUCCCUGGGACCCCAUGGAGAACUUGCCCCUCAACUACUCGCGCAUCUUCCAGUUCCAGAGUUUUGAACGCACUCGCCGCCGCAUACUGGCUGAGGCUGCAGCUGAGGAAGACGGAGCCAUGGCGGGCUGGUAUGUUACGCUGCACAUCAUCGACGUGCCUUUCUCUGUGAUGGAGAGCGUCCAGUCAGGCAAACCUCUGAUAAUGGUGUCUCUGCUGCCCCACGAACAGAAGAUGUCAGUGAUGCACCUGUUGGUGAGGAGACACCCGAGCAACACAGAGCCGAUCAAAUCUAAAGAGGAGCUGGUGUUCCACUGUGGAUUCAGGAGGUUUAGGGCAUCUCCCAUCUUCUCUCAGCACACUUCAGCUGACAAGCAUAAGAUGGAGCGUUUCCUCAGGCCCGAUGCCCCCACCGUGGUGUCCGUGUACGCUCCCAUCACCUUCUCCCCCGCCGGAGUCCUGCUCUUCAAACAAAAGAACGACGGCAUCCAGGACCUGGUGGCUACAGGCAGCCUGCUCAGCUGCGACCCUCAGCGCGUCGUGCUGAAGAGGAUUGUAGUCAGCGGACACCCGUUCAAAAUUAACCGGCGCUCUGCUGUUGUCCGUUACAUGUUCUUUAACAGAGAUGAUAUCUUGUGGUUCAAGCCAGUGGAGCUGCGAACAAAGUGGGGUCGGAGAGGCCACAUCAAGGAGGCUUUAGGAACACACGGUCACAUGAAGUGUGUAUUUGAUAAUCAGCUGCGCUCGCAAGACACUGUCCUGAUGAAUCUGUACAAGAGAGUGUAUCCCCGCUGGACGUAUGACCCCUACGUGCCCUCGUCUUUACCCUGGGUCAAGAGAGAGGUCGUUGUGGACAUGGAUGACUUGGACAUGGACUAGUGGAGGGACAAUGUGACAACAAAAAGACACAGGACAUGUAUUAACAUAAAUACUCAAAAAAUAAAAUAACUCCUGA